CAUAGCUGCCAGAUGCUAUUUUAUUGCUUUAUUCUGCUACAGCACUGAGAGUAAGAAAAUGACUCACAAACUGGAAUACGUCACAUUCUUUAAUGGCCAGAAGAUGCCGAUUGUCGGCCUGGGAACAUGGCAGUCACCAAACGGCGAGGUGGGGCAGGCCGUGGACGCGGCACUGGAGGCCGGCUACCGCCACAUAGACACCGCCUACGCCUACGGAAAUGAGGCGGAGAUAGGCCAGACCCUGAAGAAAUGGUUCGAUUCUGGGAGACUGAAGAGGGAGGAAGUUUUCAUUGUGACCAAGCUUCCAUUCAAUGGGAACAGAGCAGAGUCUGUGGAGAAGUACCUCAAGAAAUCCCUGGAAGCACUGCAGCUAGAAUACGUCGACCUGUACCUCAUCCACCAUCCCAUAGGUCACUUAGAUGUGGAUGGAUCUGUUUUUCCAAGAGACAAAGAUGGAAAAGUUCUGCUUGACAUGAAUACUGAUCACAUCAGCCUGUGGAAGGCUAUGGAGGCACAAGUGGACUCGGGCCGAGCACUCUCCAUCGGGCUGUCCAACUUCAACUCGAGGCAGGUGAAGCGCAUCUGGCAGGCGGCGCGCAUUCCUCCGGCCAACCUGCAGGUGGAGCUGCACGUCUACUUCCGGCAGCGCGAGCUGGCCGCCUUCUGCCGCGCCCUCGACGUCACCGUCUGCGCUUACGCCCCCCUCGGCUCCCCGGGGAGGGUCGACUUUGAACGGAAACGCGGCAGAGACACCAGCAAAAUCGUGCAGCUGAACCCCAUGUCGGACCCUACCGUAGUGGACAUCGCGCAGCGACACGGCAAGACUCCUGCCCAGGUGCUGCUGCGCCACCUCGUGCAGCACGGGAUAGUCGUCAUCCCGAAGAGUGUCAACCCGGAGCGUAUCCGACAGAACUUUGAUGUGUUCGAUUUUGAGCUGACACCGGAGGAUAUGGAGAAACUGGACGCGCUCGACAGGGGCCCGAAGGGACGGAUGUUUGGCACUGUUGCCGAUCCAGACCGAAUGAGACAUCCAGAAUACCCGUACAAGGAGCACUAUUAGAACAACUGAGGCUGCAUUACACCAUUUACAUUCGAGACUUGGACAAGAUGUAGGUGAUAGUAACUCUGUACACUCAUCUUUGAGUUGUAUCUAUAGACACAUAAUUUACUACUACACUUUUAUAAUUCACCUGAAUACAUAAGAAUUAUUACACGGUAGAAAGAAAGGAACAAGAAAUACCUUUUGCUUCAUUUUCCAUGUAGUAACUGCACAUUUUGAUGGGAAUAGAAUGAAGGAAACCUAGAUGCUUUUCAGUACAUUAAUCCUGGUGCAUUUAUUUGAUCCCUGUGUUAAAACUGAUACUGAAGGAUACUGUUGCAUAUCUUUUUUGCUUUACCUGUUAGAUUCUUGGGGUAAGUCAUCUGCUGGAAUUGUGUAGGCUGCAAUAUUUAAUUUCCUUUUAAAGAAACUAGUCUUCUUCCUCUGCUGCAUCAGCAAUUUCUGCCAGAAAAUGGCACAGUUAGUUCCCCAUCUGCCAUUCAGCUUUAACUCACUGCAGUUAAUCGACGUGGCAGAGACUCGACCGAAGAUCGCGAUACUCGAUUUCCCAGUUACAGAGUGUGACAGAGGACAAUGCGUAUCGAGUGUUGUCUGUCGUACGUGGUAUUUGUUUGACUGCUGUUGCAGAAUGGUUUCUGUCAUCAGGAAUAGUGAUAGGUUUUAAAGUACAUUGGAUUUUGCAUGUGAUCAACUAAUACAUAUA